AAGAUGUCAGGGGAGGAGGAGUUUUAUCUGUUCAAGAACAUCUCCUUGGUGGGGCCAUGGGAUGGGCCUCAGUACCACAUUGCCCCGGUCUGGGCCUUCCGCCUCCAGGCAGUCUUCAUGGGCUUUGUCUUCUUUGCAGGGACACCACUCAAUGCCACGGUGCUGGUGGCCACCCUCCGCUACAAAAAAUUGCGACAGCCACUCAACUAUAUUCUGGUCAAUGUGUCCCUGGGGGGUUUCAUCUACUGCAUCUCUGUGUCCAGCGUCUUCAUCGCCAGCUGUCACGGAUACUUCAUCUUUGGGCACCUUAUUUGUGCUUUGGAGGCCUUCCUGGGAACUAUAGCAGGUCUGGUGACAGGCUGGUCACUGGCCUUCCUGGCCUUUGAGCGCUAUCUGGUCAUCUGUAAGCCCUUCGGCAACUUCCGCUUCAGCUCCAAGCACGCACUGAUGGUGGUCCUGGCUACCUGGACCAUUGGUAUUGGCGUCUCCAUCCCGCCCUUCUUUGGCUGGAGCCGGUACAUCCCUGAGGGCCUGCAGUGCUCCUGCGGCCCCGACUGGUACACCGUGGGCACCAAAUACCGCAGCGAGUACUACACCUGGUUCCUCUUUAUCUUCUGCUUCAUUGUGCCUCUCUCCCUCAUCUGCUUCUCCUACUCGCAGCUGCUGGGAGCCCUCCGAGCCGUUGCAGCCCAGCAACAGGAGUCUGCUUCAACCCAGAAGGCCGAGCGGGAGGUGAGCCGGAUGGUGGUGGUGAUGGUGGGGUCCUUUUGUUUCUGUUACACGCCCUAUGCUGCGAUGGCCAUGUACUUGAUCAACAACCGGAACCACGGGGUGGACCUACGGCUGGUUACCAUUCCUGCCUUCUUCUCCAAGAGUGCUUGUGUCUACAACCCUAUCAUCUAUUGCUUCAUGAAUAAGCAGUUCCGAGCCUGCAUCAUGGAGAUGGUGUGUGGGAAGCCCAUGACAGAUGAUUCUGAAAUGUCCAGCUCCCAGAAAACAGAAGUCUCUUCUGUCUCUCCCAGUCAAGUUGGCCCCAACUAAGGAGCCAUACUGGCUUACCUGCAGCAAUUAGGAUUUCUCUAAGAAAUUUAGAGAAA